AUGGCGCUCUUGCUUUUCUUCGCUGCAUUCGCGUUAUCCGCUGCAACUCAUGCCGUCGGCCAGCCAGCUGGUUUCCUGAGCAUUGACUGUGGCCUAGAGGCAAACUACAGCGGCUACACGGACACCAUCCACGGCAUCUUCUACGUCUCCGACGGCUCGUACGUUGACGCCGGGGAGAACCACGGGGUGGCUGCUGACCAAGAGAGCGGCCGUAUACGCCCUGACUUGACCGUCCGGAGCUUCCCCUCUGGCGUGCGCAACUGCUACGCGCUUCCCACGAACGCCGGGAACAAGUACCUGGUCCGGGUGGUGGCCUUCUACGGCAACUACGACGGCAAGAACAGCUCAUCGUCGUUGCAGUUCGACCUGCACCUCGGGUCAAACUACUGGGACACCGUGCAGGCCGGUAGUACUAAGCAAGUGUACGAGGCAUUGUUCGUGGCGUGGGCCAGCUGGGCGCCGGUGUGCCUCAUCAACACCGGUCAAGGUACACCGUUCGUGUCAUCGGUGGAGCUGAGGAUGUUAGGCAGCGAGCUCUACCCGCAUGUUAUGACCAACCAAUCCAUGCGCCUACAUUUCCGGGACAUUUUGGGGCCAACAACCGUUUCCAGAUCUGUUGCUCGCUAG